AUGGGGUUGACUUCCCUGAACGAUACAGGUGAAGCAAUGAAAUUAUGUGUGUUUGAUUUGAGAAGGGGACAAACUGAAGGGCAGGAGUUGGACAAGAUUCUUUUCUUCUAUCCCGCUGAUUUGCCAAUUUCGACACAGCUCUCAGUUAUCGGUCUCAGUGAAGGACUCAUCACAUUUACCAGAAUAUUCUCUCCCGACGCUCCAUGUGAGGUCAUUGAAGCAGAGAUGCAUUCUCAUGUUUUCUAUGAGGCAGAGCCAGAUAUAUGGAUGGUUAUGGUAGUAGAAAAAGACAAGGAAUCUGAAGCCAUCUGGCGAGUUGAUGCUCUACGGAGGAUUCUUAAAGAAGCUCAUUCCCUUUUUGUGAUGUUUCAUGGUCCCAUUCGAACCCUGGUCGAUAGAGAACCUACCGGAGGACUUGUCAGAACGCAUCUGUAUUAUUUCAUCAUGGAUUUUCUGAGCGCAUUUGAAAAGCCAUCACCAUCGGGAUAUUGCUGCUGGGAUUUUUCAGUUGGGAAGAGACUUCAGCUGCCAAACUUUCGUGACUCUUUAAAAGAACGUGGAACAGUGCAGAUGUUAACUGUGGGGCGGGAGGCUGCUCUUGAGGUGCAGUCUCUCGUUAGAGUGUUGGAAUCAUGUGCGGGUAAUGCAAAUUGCCACUCGCUGACCAUGUUCCAGGACUUGCUGGUCUCAACUAGCCUCUCUGCUAUUGACACUGUCAAUCUAUUUACCUGCGCUGUCCUAAGGUUAACGCCACUUGCUCUAUCCUCUGGAGUAAGUUCAUGGACCAAUUCACGCAAAGGAAGCACAGCAUGUAAUACUUUUGCUGGGGCUGUACUAGCUAAUUCGGGACCCGUUGUGGAUCAAUAUCCCAAUUCUCAUGAUACAUCUCCACUUAGAAACCACAGUUAUCCAUUUGUUAGGCCUUUGCAGCAUUCCAAGUGGUCCAAAGGGAAGGACGGCUUUCUCGUCACAGACAUUUGGGGUGCUGAUGUUAAUAACUUGAUACCUACAAACCCAACUAUUUGGCUUCACCAAACAGAGGAAAAGAUGUAUCUAUUAGGUUAUCAGCAUAAGGGCCUAACCGUGAUACUACUUAUUCCAGUCUCGUCAGUCAAUGGGGAGCAAGGACUUGCUUUGGUGAAGCAACAAAUCCUUGAAAGCGCUUCAUUGAAGAUGUUCAAAGUUGAAGAGAAGCUAUCGAGAGGGUGGGGUGGUGAGAAUGCAUAUCACGUGAGUGGGUAUCGUUAUUUGUUGGUUGAUGGUGAUCGACAUAUAUCAAGGGCUUCACCACCAGGGAAAGUAACAACUUUGGCAAAGGACUCGUUGAUUGCGCUGACUAAACUUCGGGAAGAGGUUGACUUGGAAAAGGAUAGAGCCAAAUGGGAUAAUUCGGACCGUGAGAAAGAUCUUCAAAUUUGCAUGAGGGCCAAAAACAAUGCCUGGGUUAUUGCUCGGCUCACGCGAGGAAAGGAACUUUUUAUGGUUCUGGAGAAAGCUAGUGAAACCCUUCUCUACGCCUCUGAUGCCCUCGAGAAGUUCAGUGACAGGUACUGUAAUGGUGCGUUUUCCUUGGAUUAG